AACCGUUCCGCGGGGGAGGGACACCGAUCCCGUAGAGGUUUUAAUGUCUCCAGGAAAAUAUGGAAUGUGUUGGAAGAAAGUGUGGAGUCAGUGAGAGUCACAAGAUGUGGGCUUAUUUAGAUUUAAAGGCAGAGGAAGUAAAGGCAGAGGAUAUAACUGAAUACAUUAAUGGAGUGGUUGGUGCACGUUGAUUGACCUGUAUGGUGGAAGGAGAAAAUAAGUUAACUUCAUCCAUGCUACUGUUCUUUGAUUUAGUCUCUCCCUUCUCAUAUAAAGUUAGGAUUCAUGAGAUACCCUGUAAGAGCUUUUGUGCGCAAGCCCCUUCAGUGUCAUAAAUGUAAAAUAUUUGGUCAUGUGUCAAGUGUGUGCAGAACGGAAGAAUAUCGUAUGCCAGAUGAAGGGAAAUGCUGUAACUGUGAAAGUGAAUAUGCGCCUGAAUGCUUGGGGUGCCCUGUUAGGGUGAAGGAGAAUGAAGUGGCAAGGGUAAUGUAGCCCUAUCAACAGGCUGAUGAGCAAGGAUGUAUUCUGGAGUGGACUGUGAUUGAAUAAGUGUGAUGUUUUAUUUAUUAAUGUUUAAUUUAGUUCACGUGUUUUAUGUUGUAUGCUGUCGUUUUCCCCCUUUCCCGUAACGUUUUUUUUUUGUUUCUUAUUGUUGGUAAAGUAAGGGUAUAGCUUUAAAACAUUUAAGUGCAUUGUGGGUAACGUAGUAAGUUAACUUUCGUUUGUUUACGCAAUUGUUGCGCGGAGGAGAUGUAGGGGAACAGUGAGCAACGCCCGUUAUUUUAUUAUUCUGACUACCUCACAUGGUGUACAAGUUUAAUAAAUGUAAACUACUUCAGUGGAAUUCCAGACUAACUCGUCAUUAGCAGUGGAUAAGAUCCCAAAUGUGGGAAUUACCCCAGAGCAUUCGUAAAUUAGUAGGGACGACUACGGUCUGGAGGCGAGGAAGGAAAGAUAACAUUAUUCAAUUCCCCGUCCAGUUAGUGGCAUUAAUGCACCAUUAACAUUGGAUGCCAACCGCCGUUAAACCUGAUCGAAGAAGAAAAUAAGAUAACAUUCGUAUAGCAAUUGUGUUAUUCGAUGUUCAAUAUGCUUGGCUAGACUCUAGUUGGUUGAUAAACGAGGUUGGCUUGGCAGGCGAUGCGACAGCUUCAUCCGGAGGCCAUUGCUGCGAUCCAGAGCAAAGCGCUCUUCAGUCAGGCUGAGGAGGUUCUGCUGGCUAAGAUUCUUUCAAGCAGUCAGCCCAAGCUGGAGGUGUUCCAGGAGCUGCUGAUUCAACCUCUCCCUAAAGGCAACCAAGUUCUCAACUUCUCCGAUGCUGAGCAGCUGGUGGAUGAUGCUAAGCUAAAGGAGAGCAGGGAUGAGGUGCUGGAGCAUGAAGAAAGAGAUAAGACAGCUGGAACAGGAGCUACCACGCUGGCAGGUCCUGGUGGACAGCAUCACAGCUCUAGAUCACCCUGGGCAGAGCCACCAAGGACAAGCAGAUCGAUGUAGAUCUGUCUCUGGAAGGACCUGCCUGGAAGAUCUCCAGGAAACAAGGGGUCUUAAACUGAAGAACAACGGAGACUUGCACAUUUGUGGCCUGCUGGAGGUCAUUUUGCAAGGCUCUGGCAGUACUCCUCCUUGCACAAAGGCGGAGGUAGCGGUCCUGCUGCUGGGUUGUUGCCCUCCUACGGCCUCCUCCACGUCUCCUGAUGUACUGGCCUGUCUCCUGGUAGCGCCUCCAUGCUCUGGACACUACGCUGACAGACACAGCAAACCUUCUUGCCACAGCUCGUAUUGAUGUGCCAUCCUGGAUGAGCUGCACUACCUGAGCCACUUGUGUGGGUUGUAGACUCCGUCUCAUGCUACCACUAGAGUGAAAGCACCGCCAGCAUUCAAAAGUGACCAAAACAUCAGCCAGGAAGCAUAGGAACUGAGAAGUGGUCUGUGGUCACCACCUGCAGAACCACUCCUUUAUUGGGGGUGUCUUGCUAAUUGCCUAUAUUUUCCACCUUUUGUCUAUUCCAUUUGCACAACAGCAUGUGACAUUUAUUGUCAAUCAGUGUUGCUUCCUAAGUGGACAGUUUGAUUUCACAGAAGUGUGAUUGACUUGGAGUUACAUUGUGUUGUUUAAGUGUUCCCUUUAUUUUUUUGAGCAGUGUAUUUUAAACAAGUUAAAUAUACUUUAAACACAGCAUCCUGGCUUGAUACUUACAUACAAUAUAAACACAGAGUAACAAAUCCUGGACACUGCAAUAGUGAUCCUGCUAUAUGAGCCACGGUACAAUUCCAACUAAGAGAGUUAUUAACCCAAAGUAUUGACGCAACUCGGGUGUCUGGCUUUCAUGCCAGCGACCCGGGUUCAAUGCCUUGCCGUUCGUGUCAAAAGUUGGAUGAUUGCUGUGAGGCCAUCAAAAAUCACGGCCCGGACUUGUAAGGGGGGUUAAGCAUACGAAGCACCGGAACGUGCCUUCCCGUUUGUAAGGGGCAGUGUUGCGUCUGCAGUGUUAUAAUUCCUACCAAGUGACGUCACUAUUGACGCGAUGCGUUUCCUUUCAUACCAGCGACCCUGGUUCGAUUUUUGGUCCACCGUUCGCUACAAUAUUCGUUCACUACAACAGUCAAUUUAGUGUAUGUAAACUUCUGACCCACUGGAAUUAUGGUACAGUGAUUUAAGUGAAAUUAUUUUUCUGUAAACAAUUGUUGGAAAAAUUACUUGUCAUGCACAAAGUAUAUGUCCUAACCGACUUGCCAAAACUACAGUUUAUUAACAAGAAAUUUGUGGAGUGGUUGAAAAACGAGUUUUAAUGACUCCAACCUAAGUGUAUGUAAACUUCCGACUUCAACUAUAUGUAUCUAUAUUAGUGCUACUUAAGCCAAAACCAUGUAAAUGUGACAGUUUCUUAGAUUUUUGGAUUAAACUUCGGAUUAAACUUUGUAA